AAUAAAACGAAAGAGCGCCAGACUCGAAAUAGGAAGUCCUCCUACUAUUGAGGGGCGGCAGAGUCCUGGGUUCCAAUCCCCUAACUUGGCCUAAAUUACUUCCGAGAGGCGGGAAACUGCUGGACUCCUUGGCGGGAAAGCGCCCGGUGUGGUUCCCUGCGAUGGUCAGUCUCAGUGAGGAAAUGCAGGCUCUGGAGAAGGUGGGCCAGGAGCUGCUGAAAGUGAUGGCCAAGGCUAACGCAGGGAAAAUCUUGAAGGAAAACCUGGAGAAACAGGAGCAGAUGCUUGCCAGAUGCCUGCAUACCAAAAAGACCACCAUGCAGCUGAUCCAAGAACUCAUGAGCGCUGAGGAGCAGGUGGCCCAGAAACUCUCAGACCGGGAUGAAGAGCUGAAGGUCACCCUCCAAAAGCUUCAGAAAAUUGAGGCCAAGUUGCUUCAUGCAAAAGAGAAAGACUCUGAACUGAAGAGCGGCACUGAAGAAUGGAGGAAGGAACUGGAAGCGUUGCAAGAAGAAACUGACCGACGGAAAGCAACAGAAGAGGACCUCAGUUCUUCCCUGUCAGCCGUCUACAUGUCACAGCUUUAUUACCGGAUAUGUCCUGUUGACUGGGACGACUCCUGUGAGCCAACGCUGAUCAAAGGAGUCCACCACGGGCCUGAUGUUGCUCAACCUUUCAGCAUCGAGAGCGGUCAACACUCCCGUUGCUUUGUGAGCGACUACCUCUGGAGCCUGGUGCCCACCUCUUGGUGAGCGAGGCACACACUGGAACAGCAUCGCGAGCACACGGUCAAGGAGUUUCAGUCUACCCUCUGAAGCAUUUGUUCUUCUGUUGAUUGCUUUAAGGGCCGUGGUAUUCCACCAAGGUUUGCUUUUUUGGUAAAACAAAUAUAUUGAGAACAACUUUAGUACUAAUCA